AUCCAGACUGAUGUUUGCCUGAGGGGUUUUGAUAACUAUCUGGGACAUGUGAGCUACUUUACGCCCUGCUUUGAGCCAAUGGCCGGGUAGUUUGAGUCACGGGGGGCGGGAGCUUCGAGCAGCAGCGGACCUUUUCAUCCCGAUCCCCGAUCCCAGCUCUCAGCAAACAGUCUCAGGACCCUCUCAGGUAGAAUAUCGACCAUGGCUGGAUCCUCAGUGACCGAAGGUGCAGCGGAGCGGCUCGGAUACAUCACCCGAGUCCAGAGCUUCAGCGCCUGCCACCGACUCCACAGGUACAGCAUUCACCUGAGUGAUGAGGAGAAUAAAAGAGUUUAUGGUAAAUGCAACAAUCCCAACGGUCACGGACACAACUACAAAGUGGAGGUAACAGUGCGUGGAAAGAUCGAUGCUCACACCGGGAUGGUCAUGAACCUGACGGACUUGAAGGCGCGCAUCGAGGAAGUCAUCAUGAUUCCACUGGACCAUAAAAACCUGGAUAAGGACGUCCCAUACUUUGCCAAAGUUGUCAGCACCACUGAGAACGUGGCUGUUUACAUCUGGGAUCACAUGGUGAAGCUGCUGCCGCCCAGCCUGCUGUACGAGAUCAAGAUCCACGAGACCGAUAAGAAUAUUGUCAUUUACCGAGGAGAGUAGAACGCUGUUUGAUGCAAUCCAAAAGUAUUCUUGUAGGUUUUCUAUUCAUGUAAAGGUAAAAACAUAAUGUGUACCCUGACAGUGUCAACCAAAGGCUUUUAAUUGUUAUUUUAUCUUAAUUAUUUUAAGGAUUUUCCACAUCUCUUUUACUGCUUUUAGACCUUUUACAAACCCAAGAACCCACACUGCUGAGAAAAGUAAUUUUGUGAUCGAAUGUUAUUUGUCUUCUUAGGCAUAACGCAUUCAAUGUAUUUUGACAAAUACAAUGACUAAUAAAACAACAACUUGAUAACCAAAGAGUAACACUUUAUGAUACAGACCCAUGGUGUAGUUACACAACACUGAUGGUGUCAUAUUGUCAAACAUAAAUAAUGUUUUUUACAUUU